UAUGAAUUUGUCAGAAGAAUCAACUAUAACAGUGGAAAAUAGAAGACCACGCAAUAAAACUGAAACAAAAUUCAAGUCUUAAAGCCCAUAAAUAAAACCAUAAUUCACUUAAUCAUAAUUACAACAUAAAAAGAGCAAAACAAAAGAAAGAGUAUAAUAAAAACAAGAGCUACUACCUAAUGUGACUAGAAAAUUAAAUCCUAAAUCAACUAGUUUUUCUAAAAAAAGAAAUCAAUUCAAACCAACUCCUUAAGAGUUUUGUUUAAAAGUAAAUAAAUAAGUUUAAUUCAAAUAGUAUUAUGUUGGAUGGGGUAAUAAUGAGGCUUUAGUAAAACGAGUUAUGUCUAAAAGGACAUAAUGGAAAGAAACCACUGACUCUAGUUCGAUGUUUGUUAAUUUUAAGUGGCAAUAAAGUGAAAGAGGUUACAGAUAUGAAAGAUUGAUAGUAAGUUAAAAUUACAAAUAACUUGUUAAUCACUUUGAACAUCAUAGAGAAAUUUCAAAUAAAUCAUAUCUAAUUAAGAAUCUGUCUUAAUAUUGCGAAGUAAAAAUAAGUAUAUUUUUAGAAGCAUAAAUUGAAUGUAUUUGAUUAUACUCCAUUAACAUUUGUAAUUGAUUUUAGUGAUGAGAAUUGUGAUUAUAAUAUUACACAAUUCCUUAAGACUUAUGAGUAAUUUGCCCCUAAAAAACCAUUAGCCAAAUAGAUGCUUGAUGUUAAAAGAAGAUUGAGAGGGAAUUUCAGUAAUUCUUAUUAAAGGGAUUCAAGUUCUUAGUUUCAAAAAAUUCAAAUGAAUAAUACAUUUCUAUCAGAAGAUUCAACCUAUAUGUGGUUAUUAAAGCCUACAUUUUUAAAUAGAGGAAGAGGAAUUUAAAUAUUUGAUAAUUUAGAAACUUUAGUAAAAUUGGUAUCAGAUUUUUAAGAAGGGUUAAAAGAAAAGACUUUGAAUUAAAAGGAUGAAUCUUCUGGGGAAGAAGAUCCACCAAAGUAAGUUUAAAGUGCAUAAGGGACUAAAAAAGAUCCUAAUUAAUAUAUAAGAUAAUAACCAUCAGGACCUUGUAUUAUAAAAUCUCAAUCAUUUGUUAUUCAAAAAUAUAUCGAAAGACCAGCUUUGAUUAAUAAAAGAAAAUUUGAUAUAAGAGUUUGGGGAUUAGUGACUUAAGAGUUGGAUGCAUAUUUCUUUUAAGAAGGAUACAUUCGAACAUCCUCUGAAGAUUUCACCUAUAAUAUUGAGAAUACUUUUGUUCAUUUAACAAAUAAUGCAAUUUAAAAAUAUUCAAAAAAUUAUGGAGAAUUUGAAGAUGGUAAUUAAUUAUCAUUUAAAAACUAUUAAGAAUAUUUGAAAUCAUAAAAUAUAGUAUGUAAUGUUGAAGAUGUAAAAAUAAUAAAUUAAAUUUUAAGCUUAUAAAUAAAAUGAAAGAAAGAAUAUGGAUGGUCUUUAAUUCUGUUCGUAGCAAGAUAAAUUUUGAAGACAGAAAAUAUUGUUUUGAGAUUUUUGGAUUUGAUUUUAUUUUAGAUGCAGAUUAAGAAGUGUGGUUAAUAGAAGUUAAUACAAAUCCAUGUAUAGAAGAAUCAAGUCCAUUAUUAAAAAUGUAUAUUCCAAGAAUGUUAGAUGAUGCAUUCAAAUUAACACUUGAUAUUUUAUUCCCUCCAUAAUAGUAGCCACAUAAAUAAUCAUUACCAUCAAUUUGUAAUUAUCAAUUCUAAUUUAAGAUUAACUUCCUUAAAUCAAAGAAGAAACACAUUCUGACUUUCCAGUUAUUGGAUAUCCUAAUGAUGAGAAUAUGUGGAUGUUAUUAGGCUCUUUAAAUGAUAGAAAAGUAAAAAAAAAAAAAUGAUUAAUUAUACUAAUUAAAUUAUUUAGAUUUCUAUGUUCAAUCCUACAAAUUCUAAAGACAAGCCCUUAUGUAUGGAAUUUUAGAAAGAUAUUUGCAUGAAACUUCAAUGCCCUUUAGAACAUAAAUAUUGGCCAUGUCCUGAUUAUGACAAAGGAUUUUGUUAUUUGGGUUCUUAAUGUGAUAAGUUAAAAUUGUAUCAAAACUUUUAGAAAACACAUAGUAAGGAAAUUAUGCAUGGAUUAUGUAUAUGGAUUUUGUAAGGAUGGACCUGAAUGUAAAAUGCAACAUGUCAAAUUAUUCGACUUGAAUGAUAGAACAUAAGAACUCAAAUUUACAGAAAAAUUUUAUUCAAAAUUAAAAUAAGAAUAAGCUACAUUCAAAUAAAGUGAAAUAAAUGUUAAACCAGUUAUAUGUAAAUCUUGUUAGGAAGUUGGACAUAAAUCAAAUGUCUGUAAGAAAACUUUAAGAUUAAGUCCAACAAGAAAAAUCUUAUGUGGUAUUUGUGAAACUGAACAUACUAUCUUUGAAUAGGGGAAAAAAUAAGAUUGUUAAUAUAAAAUCCCAUUGUCAUAACAAUAAUAAUAAUUUUAAUAACAAUUUUCAUAAUAAUGAGA